GGGGAGAGAGGGAGCACGUGACCGCGCGCCGACCAAUAGGCGAGCACGUGCGCCGGGGUGCCCGCGUGCGAACCCGUUGUGUGGGCCCUGGUCGCCAUGGCCGACUUCUCCGAGGACCUCUUCGCCGUUUUCGAGGCGGCGGAGUCCCCGCAGCGACUCCCGGGAGCGGCAGGAGGCAGAGGAGGAGGCAGAGGAGGCGGCGGCGGCGCCCGAGCAGAGAGGAAUGGCCGCGGCUCGAAAGCCGGGACGAGCGGCAGAGCGGAGCGAGGCAAGCGCGAGGUGGAGGAGGACGAGCCGACGGCGGUGGUGGACAAUGCCCCGCUCGGCAAGAAGAUCAAGCUCUCGGAGGAUUCCAACAUUUCAGACCUCAUGCCCAAGGUGAAGACGGUGCAAGUGGAGACGCUGGAGGGCUGCUUGCACGAGGUGGCCCUUCCGUCCAGCGAGGAGUACACGCCCCUGAAGCCCCGCGUCGGUCCUCCCGCCAAGGAGUACCCCUUCGUGCUGGACCCAUUCCAGCGCGAGGCCAUCGCGUGUCUCGACAACGGCCACUCGGUACUCGUGUCGGCGCACACGUCGGCCGGCAAGACCGUGUGUGCCGAGUACGCGAUCGCGCUGGCGCUGCGCGAGAAGCAGCGCGUGAUCUUCACGAGCCCCAUCAAGGCGCUGAGCAACCAGAAGUACCGCGAGAUGUCGGAGGAGUUCCGCGACGUGGGCCUCAUGACCGGCGACGUCACCAUCAACCCCACGGCCUCCUGCCUCAUCAUGACCACCGAGAUUCUGCGAAGCAUGCUCUACAGGGGGUCGGAGGUCAUGCGAGAGAUGGCCUGGGUCAUCUUUGACGAAAUCCACUACAUGAGGGACGCAGAACGCGGCGUGGUGUGGGAGGAGACGAUCAUCUUGCUGCCGAACAACGUGCACUACGUGUUCCUGUCCGCCACCAUCCCCAACGCUCGCCAGUUCGCCGAGUGGAUCUGUCACCUCCACGUCCAGCCGUGCCACGUGGUCUACACGGACUACCGCCCCACCCCGCUGCAGCACUACAUCUUCCCGGCGGGCGGGGACGGCCUCCACCUCGUCUUGGACGAGAACGGUGAAUUCCGCGAGGACAAUUUCAGCUCGGCCAUGCAGGUUCUGCGGGACGUGGGGGACCUGGCCAAGGGCGACCAGAAGGGGCGAAAGGGGGGCACGAAGGGCCCCUGCAACGUGUUCAAGAUCGUCAAGAUGAUCAUGGAGAGGAACUUCCAGCCGGUCAUCAUCUUCAGCUUCAGCAAGAAGGACUGCGAGGCCUACGCCAUGCAGAUGACCAAGCUGGAUUUCAACACGGACGAUGAGAAGAAGCUGGUGGAUGAGGUGUUCACCAACGCCAUCGACUGCCUGUCCGACGAGGACAAGAAACUGCCGCAGGUGGAGCACGUGCUGCCCCUGCUCAGGAGAGGCAUCGGCAUCCACCACGGAGGCCUGCUGCCCAUCCUCAAGGAGACCAUCGAGAUCCUCUUCUCGGAGGGCCUCAUCAAGGCGCUGUUUGCCACGGAGACGUUCGCCAUGGGGAUCAACAUGCCGGCGCGCACCGUGCUCUUCACCAACGCGCGCAAGUUCGACGGCAAAGACUUCCGCUGGAUAUCUUCGGGCGAGUAUAUCCAGAUGUCGGGGCGAGCGGGACGCCGCGGGAUGGACGAUCGCGGCAUUGUCAUCCUCAUGGUGGACGAGAAACUCAACCCGGCCAUCGGCAAGUCCUUGCUCAAGGGGUUGCCGGACCCCCUGAACAGCGCCUUCCACCUGACGUACAACAUGGUGCUGAACCUGCUGCGCGUCGAGGAGAUCAACCCCGAGUACAUGCUGGAGAAGUCCUUCUGCCAGUUCCAGCAGUACAAGGCCCUGCCCGACAUGAUUACCAAGCUGAAGACGUUGGAGCAGAUGUACAACGGCACGCAGGUGCCCGAGGAGGAGAGCGUCUGCGCCUACUACAAGAUCCGGCAGCAGCUGGCGCGCCUCGCCCGUGACGUCGAGGAGUUUGUCCGCCGCCCCAAGUACUGCAUCCCCUUCCUGCAGCCGGGCCGCAUGGUCAAGGUUAAGAAUGAAGAGGACGACUUUGGCUGGGGCGUCGUCGUCAACUUUCACAAGAAGACCAACACGAAGAUCAUCGCCAGUGCGGAGCAGGAGGCGCUGUACGUGGUGGAGGCGCUGCUGUGCUGCUCCCGGGAGAGCGCACGGCUCCCCCACACCGAGGCCUCCAAGCCCCCGCGGCCCGGGGACAAGGGGGAGAUGCAGGUGGUGCCGAUCACGCUGGGCCUCAUCACCGCGCUGAGCAGCGUGCGUCUCUACCUCCCCAAGGACCUGCGCUCCCACGACAACCGCCAGAGCGUCAUCAAGUCCAUCGAGGAGGUGCACAAGCGCUUCCCGGACGGCGUGCCGCUGCUGGACCCGGUGGACGACAUGGGCAUCAAGGACCCGGGCCUGAAGAAGCUGGUGCAGAAGGUGGAGGCGUUUGAGCGGCGCAUGUUCUCUCACCCGCUGCACUCCGACCCCGCCCUCGAGGAGCUGUGCAGGCGCUGCCAGGACAAGAUGCAGCUGGCGGUGGAGGUGAAGGGCGCCCGCCGCGAGCUGAAGCGCGCCCGCACCGUGCUUCAGGCGGACGAGCUGAAGAACCGCAAGCGCGUGCUGCGCCGCCUGGGCUACUGCUCGCCCAGUGACGUCAUCGAGGUCAAGGGGCGCGUCGCCUGCGAGAUCAGCAGCGCCGAUGAGCUGCUGCUCACCGAGAUGCUCUUCAACGGCGUCUUCAACGACCUCACGCCGCAGCAGUGUGCCGCCCUGCUCAGCUGCUUCGUGUUCCAGGAGAAGGGAAUGGAGAUGUCUCGACUCACGGAGGAACUCGCGGGCCCACUCAGGCAGCUCCAGGAGUGCGCACGCCGGAUCGCCAAGGUGGCGGCCGAGGCGAAGCUGGGCUUGGAGGAGGACGACUAUGUCUCCUCCUUCCGGCCGGACCUCAUGGACGUCGUCCACACCUGGGCCAACGGAGCCUCCUUUGCCCAGAUCUGCAAGAUGACGGACGUGUUCGAAGGCACCGUGAUCCGUUGCAUGCGCAGGCUUGAGGAGCUGCUCAGGCAAAUGUGUCAGGCCGCCAAGGCCAUCGGAAACGUGGAGCUGGAGAACAAGUUCUCUGACGCAAUCAUGCGGAUCAAGAGGGACAUCGUGUUCGCCGCCAGCCUCUACCUGUGACGACGACGACGACAACAACUUCGAGAACAACUACGACCACGACGGCGAUCGUCAUCGCCGCCGCCUCUUCCACGUCGUUCGUCGCGCGUCGUCCUGGAAACGGUGGCGAUGAGAAACGGCAACCACCGCCCCCCCACCGCGACGAGGACGACGACGAUGACGAUGAGGACAGGGAGACACGUCCGCGAUCCAAUUGAUCGGGAGACCCGGGGUUGGUGGAUCAUAGCGGGAGCCGGUAGCUGCGACUAGCGACGGACGACGAAGACUACGCACGUCACCACCACCGAUGGUGGUGCGGGGGGUUUUCAACGCGCGUAGUUUUUCGUUCGCUCUCGGCAGAAGGAGAGCGCGAAGGACAGGGAGAGAAAAUUAUUCCGGGGAGGUGCCGGGAAAACCUCUCGGCCCAGGCGGGCAACGGCGGGCCAGAGGCCUGCUCUCCCCAACAAUUGCCCAAGCUCUGUGCUCCUACAUUGCGAUGUUUCGCCAACUGCGUGAGUGAGUGAGUGAAUGGAUACAGUGGUAAAAGGCCGGCCGGUUUCUCCGACAGCGCCGCGUUUUUAUUUCGUUAAGCGGCAGCGAAUCUACCGUUGCCUUUUUUUUUUAUCAUCAUCAAUCGUCAGUGCCGUCGCGAUCUCUCCUCCCGUGUCGACGGCGUGACCCCCGACCCCCCUGUCCCCCCCACCUCCACCGGGCUGCCCCUCCCCCCCCCCCACGCAGAGCCGUCGGAAGACCGCGAACCGGCGCAUCGCUGCGGUAGUCACGAGGAGAGCCGCCGCGUGCUGUUUGGCUGUGUUGGUGGCCCGGAUUUUUUGCGUCUCCUUUUCACUCGGCUAGGCGCGGGGCGGGGGGGGGGUGGGGGGGGUGGCUUGGCGAUUUCUCAACCGCGCGCGUUCCGGGUCGGCGCUUCGGCGUUUAAAGAGCGGCGCCGGUUCUGUUUUAUUUCCACGGUUUUCAAACCGUGCCGCCGGUUACAGUUCACGAUCUUUCAUUAAAAACCGGCGCAUUUAUCAACCGGA